AUGACCAUACAGCGAUCUCACCGUGACUAUACAAUCGCAUGGAUUAGCGCCUUACCCCUAGAGAUGGCGGCCGCGAAAGCUGUGCUUGAUGAAAUUCACUGUGCUCUUCCUCAGUCAUCGACCGACCGCAACGCAUACACACUGGGUAGACUGUGUGAUCAUAACGUGGCCGUCGCUUGCUUGCCGUCGGGUAUUUAUGGGGUCACUUCGGCGGCGACGGUGUUGGCACAGAUGUUAUCAACGUUUUCAUCUCUUCGAUUCGGUCUGAUGGUUGGUAUUGGAGGUGGGGUUCCUAGCAAGUUCGAUAUUCGCCUUGGUGAUGUGGUGGUCAGUAAGCCAAAUCGCACUGAGAAUGGUGUGAUCCAGUACGACCUUGGCAAAACGCUCAGCGGUGGACGUUUUCAACGUACCGGGUCUUUGAAUAAACCUCCUCAUGAACUUUUAACUGCAAUAAGCCAGAUAGAUAGUGAUCAGAUGAUGGGGAAGCAACAAGUCCAGCAAAUUAUACAUGAUACACUGGCGAAGAAUGAACAAAUCAGGGGCCAAUUUUCUCGCCCACCGGACGAUUGGCUCUUCUGCGGAACAUACGAUCACAAGACCAUUACCGAUGAUUGUUCAGCUUGUGACCGGAGUCAACUAGUGAGUCGAGCCCCGCGGCCAACAGACGAGCCUCAGAUUCAUUACGGCUUGAUUGCUUCUGGGAAUCAAGUCAUGAAGGAUGCGAAGACGCGAGAUCUCAUUGCCCAAGAGUUAGACAUCCUGUGCUUUGAGAUGGAGGCUGCGGGACUGAUGGAUCAGCUCCCAUGUCUUGUAAUUCGAGGGAUCUGUGACUACUGUGAUUCACAUAAAAGCAAGCAAUGGCAAGGAUAUGCCGCUGUUACUGCGGCUGCUUAUGCCAAAGGACUUUUAAAGGUCGUUCCGGUCGCCGACCAUAAAGCACAACAAGAACAGCAUGUCAGCCUCACUGAAGAGGAAAAGUCAUGCUUGCAGAGCUUAUUCAUCACUGACCCGGCAGAGGAUAGAAAUGCGUUAAAGCGAAGAAAAGGGGAUCGCACUCCUGGCACAUGCAGCUGGAUUUUAGAAACAGACGAACUGAAACAUUGGCUUGCGCUGAAUCAACCAGCUGACCAAGAAGAAACACGUAUCCUUUGGUUACGCGGUAACCCGGGAACUGGAAAGUCCACGAUGGCCAUCACAUUGACAGAAGAACUUCCGAAUCAGCCCUAUUUUUCCGGUAAAAACAAGGCAUUUGCAUACUUUUUCUGUGAUUCCAGUGCUGAAAACCGAAGGACUGCAACCGCGAUAUUACGAGGCAUUCUCUUUCAGCUGAUCAAUGAGUGGCCUAUUCUGAUGAAAUACUUGUUUGGUAAAUAUGAGGGCCGUAAAGAAAAACUGUUCACAUCGUUUGAUGCAUUAUGGGCCGUCCUAAUAGAUAUGGGCCACGAUUCCACCCAUUCAGGAAUAUACUGCGUCAUUGAUGCUCUGGACGAAUGCGAACCUGAGUCUCAGCAAAUUAUACUCAAUCAAAUGAACCAAACGUUCAAUAGCCGUAAUUCAAAGCAUUCAACUCCCUCCAACAUACAUAUAUUGAUCACCAGUCGGCCAUAUCCUGAAGUCGGUGAAUCUCUAUCCUUCUUCAGGUACAAGGACUUCUCUUCAUACCAGGCGUUUACAAAUGAUCUGAAAAGAAUGAUCCAGCAAAGGGUUGAUGAUCUGAGGGGGAAGAAAAAAUACCCAGAAUCAGUUGCUACUAAGGUGUCCCGAAUUCUCGAAGACAAGGCUGAAGGGACAUUCCUGUGGGUAGGCAUUGCGUGCGACGAAUUAGCACGAGUUCCGUCCAUACAUGCAGAGAAGACCUUGAAAACCUUACCACGAGGCCUACAUUCUUUGUAUCAGCAACUACUCAAUGCGGCCAUCGCAAGUGAUUAUGAAGAUGAUCAGCGGGUCAUAGUGCAGAUGCUGAGUUUCGUCUCAUUUGCACGGAGACCACUAUCCCUAGCAGAAUUAUCUGAGGCUUGUCAGCUAUAUCCUGAUGAAGAUGAGGAUAGCCGCCUUCAAUUUACGAGAGACUUGGUCGAUAUGUGUCGAUUGAUGAUUGUCAUUCAGGCUGGACAUGUGCAACUGCUACAUAAAUCAGUCAAAGACUUCCUUGUGAAAGAAAGAGAUGAUAUCAGUGACCUGAAAGCCAAUACCUCACUAGCGCAUCGAUGCAUUGACCACGUUAUAGACGCGUUUCUGAAUUAUUCAGUACAGCAUUGGCCGGAACAUGCCAGUCUUUCACGCACCGAAUUUGUGAUUGGACAGAAGCAGGAAGAAUUCUUCCAACUGCAGUCCAAAAUGUGGAAGGAAUGGCUGCGCCAGUACAACACUAUGCAAACGUAUUCUUCGAAUCACUUAGAUAUCGGUUUCUCCACCCUUCACGCAGCAGCCAGGUGGGGGAUCCCUCAAUUGAUUUCGCGCGCGUUGAAUAGUAUGAAGGCUGGGCAUCCUGGUUUGCGUAUUGCUAAUGGAGGAAGGAUGUUCGUUGAUUCACAGUUUCGGACAUCCAGAGGCGUGACACCAUUAGAGGUAGCUGCAGGAAAUGGACAGCUAUUCACGAUGAGUCUGCUACUGGAGAAAACAUUUGCAGGGCUGAAGGUGGCACAGAGCAUAGUUAUAGCCGCGGCACAAAAUAAAGAUCGAGGGAAGCAAGUAUUAGAGCUGCUUCUUGACCAGCGAGGAGACCAGAUCCAGAUCACAGAAGAGGUAGUCAAGGCAGCAGCAGGGAAUGAGGGGGAUGGGAAUGCAAUCAUGACACUCCUACUCGACCGCCGAGGGGAUCAGAUACAGAUCACAGAAGAGGUGGUCAAGGUUGCAGCAGGGAAUGAAUUUCAAAGCCAUAAACUUCUGGCUCUUCUCCACAAGCGGUACAAUACAUUACCAACCUUGAUCACAGAUACUGUCCUCUUAGCAGCUGCUUCAUGUGCUCUUAGCAGCUGCUUCAGCUUGAUUAUGGUCAUUACAAUGGAUUCGCGGACAUUUGAUAUGAUGAAUGAGAAUCUUGCCUUACGCAAGGCUGGGCUUCUAGGCAAAGUUAAAGUCCGGGCUGUCUUCUGUAGGAGACAUUCUCCCCGUUAUAAUACUGCCGAUGAAUGACUACGAGAGAAUUUUUCUCAGCAGGGACAUGCUCCUUCAGUCGGCGGCAUGGGAGAGAGCGAAGCAACACAUGUCCCCGGCGCUGGCUAAUCCCAUAACGAAUCGCGCAAUGGAGGUUAUGGUUUCUUUCGCAUAUCCACUAUCUUCCCAAUUAUACGCUAAGUUACAGUAUAAGGUUUCUAAAUUGGAAGCCUAGGAAUGAUUGAAAAAAUCACCAACCUCCUCCAAGGAUCGUCCGUUUCGCUGUUGUUACGACCAAAUUGCGGAUCAAGUGUCGUUCAGGGUCACACGCUCACUUUCAUCGAAGGAAUUUCGGCCCUCCUCUGCAAUAUGUACCUUUGAGCUAUGUUCAUCCUCAACUACUUCA